UGAAGGAAGAAAAGCAAAGUAACUAACAACUUGGGUGAUAUAUCGGUUAAUCCUUGGUCCCUCCCGCCAAUGUCCUAAAAUGUCGGUGCUUGUAUGUUUGGUGCGAAUCCAUGUCUCCUCCAUAACAAGAACACUCUCUUUCUCCUCCAAAUCCAAUUCACACCGAGUGUUCCAAAUUCGCGUCCAUGCUAUGAACAAGACACCCAAAAACACUACACAGAAGUUUGUCCAGCCUGAAGGAUCUGCAUACACAGAAACAAAUGAAUUAGGUCAAUUUAAUGAGUGUCCUGCCAAUUGGGAAUAUGUGCUUGAAGGGAUUCGUAAAAUGAGUCACUCGAUAGACACUUCUGGAGAUCGGGAAGAUGAUGAUAUUCAUCCUCCUAAGGAAAGAAGAUUUGUUGUUCUGGCAUCUACGCUUUUAUCAAGCCAAACUAAAGAGCGUAUUACUCGUGGAGCAACUCAACGUCUUCGUCAAAAUGGUCUGCUUACUGCUGAUGCACUCAACAAUGCUGAUGAAGAAACUAUCAAAAAGUUGAUUUACCCUGUUGGGUUUUAUAUAAGAAAAGCCAGUAACUUGAAGAAAAUGGCUCAUAUUUGUUUAACAAAAUAUGACGGGGACAUACCUAACACAAUUGAGGAGCUACUCUCGCUUCCAGGCGUAGGUCCUAAGAUUGCUCAUUUGGUUAUGAUUAUUGCAUGGAACAAUGUCCAAGGAAUAUGUGUAGACACUCAUGUCCACCGCAUCUGCAAUCGUCUUGGAUGGGUUUCGAGAUCAGGCACAAAACAGAGAACUUCAAUACCAGAAGAAACGAGAAAAGCGCUGCAACAGUGGCUUCCAAGGGAAGAAUGGGUUGCAAUAAAUCCUCUCUUGGUAGGAUUUGGAAGGACAAUUUGUACUGCUUUACGGCCUCGCUGUGGAGAAUGUGGUGUAAGUAAGUUCUGCCCAUCAGCGUUCAAGGAGGCUUCAAGUUCAUCUUCUAGAUCCAAUAAGUCUUGAUCGAACAAAAGCUCGAAUCAGGCUGUUUAUUUAAUUUCAGGUUUUAUAUACAUACAUAGCUGAGAAUUUGGACGUGAUUAGAUUAUAGAGAAAUGUAUCGCUCAUACCCAUUUAUGAGUGUUGUAAAUAUUUUGAAAAAAGACUUGUACUUCAACUAAAUUAUGAGUGUAUGUAUUGAAGAAUACAUAUCUUCAACUAAUUCUAUUUUACUGUCAUGCCAAUACUUAAGGAUAUAUCAGGUUCAAUAAUAGUACUACAAGUCUCUUACAGCAUUUUAGUGAAAUUGAAAGCUGAAGCUAAUUAUUUCUCUCAAAUUUUGUGGCUUUGUAUACUGCACUUACCAGCUGUGUAAUGUUCUUUUAAAGAUGAAGUUCCAUUCUAAGAAUUUUGAAUGUUCUUUUAAAGAUUAAGUUCAAUUCUAAGAAUUUUGAACAAGAUGUUUACCACAAAAUCACAAGAGGGUUAUGCCACAUACUUGAUGGUGAAGUAUUAUCAUCUUUAGUGUAUGUAUUCAAAUUUAGGGGCAGCAUCCCCUUAGAC